CUUCUGAAAUUACAUUCUUAGAACCUAAACUAAAGUGCCCUCGUUCGUUUACGUGCUGCGGUGUGCGUCUCAUCAUCAGGUAGACUGAUGCAACUUCCAUAUCCCUCUGAGACACGAAAAAAACAAGUUUGGGAUUUUUUUCACAUAACAUAAGUGUCGGAGGUGAAAAAAAAGUGAACAAAUAUUUGUAUAUAUUUUAUUGUAAGUGCAAAAUUGGCCUCUUUAGUGGUCAUUAUGACGUAAAUAUGGCAAAAUUAAUAUUUCAGUCAAUGGGUAGUGCAGAUGAAAAACAACUACAGAGGAUAUUUCUUGAUAAACUCGUAUUUAGGUCUUAUUUAGUGUCAACAAAAAUUAUUACACAAUCCUGACACCCGAGUCAAACAAUUGGUUUGGGUAAAUAAAGUGAUGAUUUGAUUGACUGCUCUCUGUGGUGAUUCAUCUGCUUUCUAAAAAAAGAAACAUGUCCCCUGCACCAGCAUCUGUUCUGCGGGACACCCCUCCGGACGGGGGCUGGGGCUGGGCUGUGGUGUUUGGGGCCUUCAUCUCUAUCGGCUUCUCGUAUGCCUUCCCCAAAGCCCUCACGGUCUUCUUCAAAGACAUCCAGCUGAUCUUCGGUGCCUCCUACAGCCAGAUUGCAUGGAUUUCUUCCAUCAUGCUUGCAGCAAUGUAUGCCGGUGGACCUAUCAGCAGUAUUCUGGUCAAUCGCUAUGGAAGCCGGCCUGUGGUCAUAGCUGGUGGAGUGAUGUGUGGCGUUGGUAUGGUUUCUGCUUCUUUUGGCAAUACCAUUACGCAUUUGUACAUAUGCGUAGGAGUCAUUGGAGGAUUUGGUCUCUCUUUUAACCUCCAGCCAUCCGUCACCAUCAUUGGGAAGUACUUCCAAGUCAAGAGGCCGUUAGCCAAUGGGCUGGCCAUGGCAGGAAGUCCAGUCUUCCUCUGUACCUUAGCACCUAUCAACCAGUUCCUGUUUAACCAAUUUGGCUGGAGGGGCAGUUUCUUCAUCCUGGGAGCUCUGCUGCUCAACUGCUGUGUUGCCGGCUCUCUCAUGAGGCCCAUUGGUCCAAAGCCAACUGGAGACCAACUCACGCAGACAAACGGAACCCCAAAGAAACCUACCACUGACCGGUCUGAGGCCCAGGUGAAUGGACACAACACACAGUUGGAGAAAGGCUGUUUGGACAACUUCAACAAGUUUCUGGACCUCUCGCUCUUCAAACACAGGGGCUUUCUGAUCUACAUCGUAGGGAACGCGGUGAUGUUCUUUGGUUUCUUCGCCCCUGUAGUGUUCCUGGCCCCUUACGCCUUGAGCCAUGGCUUCGACGAGUAUUCCUCCGCCUUCCUCUUGUCCAUCAUGGGCUUCGUAGACAUGUUUGCCAGGCCGUUGACAGGGCUGAUGGCUAACACUAAAUGGAUCAGGCCCAGGAUACAGUACUUCUUCAGCUUUGCCAUCAUCUAUAAUGGUUUAUGCCACCUGCUGUGUCCCUUGGCCAGUGGGUACGGGGGGCUGGCGGCCUACUCAGUGUUCUUUGGCAUAGCAUUUGGAAUGGUGUGUGCCCUGCUGUUUGAGACGCUCAUGGACCUGGUGGGGCCUCAGCGGUUCUCCAGUGCAGUGGGACUGGCCACCAUCAUAGAGUGCUGCCCCGUGCUCCUGGGACCACCUAUUGGAGGAGCCUUGGUGGACACCUUUGGUGACUACACAUACCUGUACCUCAUGUGUGGAGCGGUGAUGGUGUUCGCAGGACUCUUCCUCUUUGUUAUGAACGUCUACAACUACAGGAUGCUGGAGCGGGAGAGGCGGCAGGAGGAGGGACAGGUAGAGGAGGGCUGUGAGAGCCAGGACCAGGAGCAGGGGCUGGGGCUGAGGGAGAGGGGAGAGCCCUCCUCAGAGGAGCAAGGAGAGGCAGGGAAGGAGGCUAAGAAGCAACAAAUCCCCUAGGGAGACGAAUCAGAAACGGAAGAGACUAAAUUAAGCCAUGCAUGAUAACACUGUUUACAAGUACACUCUCAUAUAUUGAUGCCAGUAUAUCAGUAUAUAGGCCUACCCAAUACUGUAUAUAGCCCACCCCCACACACAUACACACAAACAUACACACACUACUACUAACCUUGGAGGUGGACACUCCUGAAGUUUUUACUCUUAUGUUGUUUUUCCCCAUGUAGCAGUUUCCCCCACAUGCUGACAAAGGCUGUUUGGAAAGAAGUACUUCUGACUGUAUGAGAUCAAAUAGCAGUGUAAUCCUUUCUGGGCCUUUAUUUAUUUAUUUGAGCUGCCAGGUGUGCCACUUCCCGCUAGUAUCGCAGUCCCAGCUAGUAUCAAUUUUUUUGGGUGCUCAGUAAAUUCUCCUGGCCCUAGGUAUACCGUAUAAGUUAAAACCACCAAAAAAUUAUAUUUACAUUUAUAUUGAGUGUUAUUCUGUGAAUUUUGACAGUUAAAUUCAUACGUUAUAUCAAUCAUGAAACUGAACACACGUUUGCAGUUGAGAUGUGUGUCACGUACAUGCUGAGGUUGUAAUAUUUCAGCCUUGAGGUAGUCAUGAACAUUUUACUCUUCCACCUGUAUUGAUGUUCCAAUGAGUGGAUGAAGAAUGCCACAUGUUUUUACAUGCACUGUUACAGACAUAAUGAUGUCAUUUUAUAUUCUUGUUCAGGAUCCAUUUAUAUUUGAAUAUGACCAAAAUAUAUGUCUGCUUUUACAUUUUCACAUAUAGAUCAUAGAAUGAAUGCACAAACAGUUUCAGCUGUUAUGAAGUCUAUGAUGACAACCAUCUAAUUCAUGUCUAGAAAGGUUGUAACUUUGCAAUAGUGUUUUUUGAAAGAUGCGUUUAUUGUUUUAAGAUACUGAUGGGAACUCACUUUUUUAAAUGCUCUAUUUGAAGAACUCUAU